AUGAGUGCAGAAGUCACCAUACAGGAAAAUGAAUUGGAAACCGCGGAGCUGCAAAUCGUAAAGCGCGUCCUUUCCGAGGUCUAUGCCACCGACGCAAAUCGGACCGAGUUUACGCGGAGCGCCGAAAAGAUUCAUCGAUUGUUGAAUGCCAAGCUUAACGAAAUGUACCCCGGCGCCAAGGACACGUGGGCGAUCUGCGUCGGCGAAAAGUUUGGAAUCUGCGCAACGUUUGAACGGAAGGGCUUCGUCUUCGCCAGUGUCAACGACGUGUCGGUGGUCAUGUUCCGGAUGCCCAGCAAGGAC